AUGGAUUUCCUUCAAGUCGCCGCUGCCCUCGCGGUCUCCUGGGCCAUCACAUACUUCUUCCGGAGGCGCUUCAACCCAUUGAUGUCUUUACCCACCAUUGGGCCAUCUGCACCACUAUUGUCAUACCUCGGAGCUUUUCGGUAUUUACGGGAUGGAGAAACGAUGUUGCGCGAAGGUUACCAGAAGUAUUACGGCACGGUAUUCAAGAUCGCAAUGUUGGACGGUUGGAUCGUGGUCUUCACCGGACCCAAGCUCAUCGACGAGCUCCGCAAGAGCCCCGAUGAGGACCUCUCUGCCGUCGAGGGUACUGCUGAGAUUCUACAGCUGAGGCAUACGCUUGGUCCUACUUUUGACGACCAGUUCCAUGUUGCAGUCGUCCGCGACAAGCUAACGCGCAACUUGGGUGCUCUCUACCCGGACGUGCUGGACGAAGUCAACACGGCAUGGGAGGAGCUCGUACCGCCGACCGAUGAUUGGACGGAAGUUUGUGCUUUCCCAAUCGUGCAACAGAUAAUUGCUCGCGUAGGCAAUCGUGUCAUGGUGGGCCUGCCGAUAUGUCACGAUAAAGUGUUCCUGGAUGUGUCCAUCAACUUCACCAACGAAAUCUUUAUAUCGUCAUUCAUUAUCAAUUUGUUUCCGGAAAUCCUCAAACCCCUGGUCGGCUCCAUGCUCCCAUUGGUAUCGAAGAGCAGGAGCAAGCUGCGACCUAUCGUCAUCCCAUUGCUACAAGAGCGUCAGCGGAUGAUGGAACUUCAUGGAGAUUCCUGGGAGGACAAACCGCGCGACAUGCUUCAAUGGCUUCUGGAAGAGGCGGCCUCAAAAGGCACUCCGUUCGAGAAUGUCGUCGAGAAGGUCCUGUUAGUCAACUUUGGGGCGAUCCACACAUCCAGCGGGACCUUUACACACGCGCUGUACAAUUUGGCCGCAUAUUCCGAGUACCUUGAGCCGCUCCGGGAGGAAGUCGAGACCAUCAUAGCCGCCGAAGGCUGGAACAAGGCCUCGCUGGCCAAGAUGCGCAAGCUCGACAGUUUCUUCAAGGAGUCCAUGCGCCUCGCCGACGGCUCUCUCAUGAACAUCUUCCGCAAAGCCGUCCGGGACGUCACGCUCUCUGACGGAACCCGCAUUCCGAAAGGCACCCUCGUCGCCGCCGCCUCCGUCAUCGCGCACACCGACGACGCACACUACACAAACCCGCACACGUUCGACCCUUUCCGGUUCGCGCGGAUGCGGGACGCGGGCGCGGACGAGGCGCUCAAGCACCAACUCGUGAACACCUCCGUCGACUUCAUCACCUUUGGCCAUGGGCGGCACGCGUGUCCUGGACGGUUCUUCGCGGCGAACGAGAUCAAGACCAUGAUGGCCUAUCUCGUUCUUCACUACGACGUCAAGUUUGCAGACGAGGGCAAGCGUCCAGAUAACAUCCGCUUCGGACACGCCGACCUGCCCUCGCACUCGGCCAAGGUCCUCUUCCGCAAGCGCAGAGCUGCAUGA